AUGGCGGGGCCUUCCAUCCGUCCAGAUGACUUGGAGUCCUUUAACGUUAUGGGACGGCAAACUGGAACUGAAAGAGAAUUGUCAGGAAGAGAGUUCCUAACGCAUUGCCCGCCCGAUAUUCCUCCGCACCAUCGCAUACUCGCCCUUCUGACCAUCACUGAUGUUAAAAAUAUCGCAUCUCCUGCCCACAAAUCGGAUGUAUGGAUUGUAUCAGAUUUCUACCUUUCCACCACUUACUUUCCCCUGGCUUUCCCACCACUUUGGAUGACAUGUGAGGAUCCAUCGCGUCUGGUAGACAAGUACACUGAGUAUGCUCAUGGUGAACGACGAGUCGUCCUCGAUGCUGGAAUGCUGCCAAAGAUCGAUGUCGCUCAGAAUAUUCGGGUGGUUUCCAGAGAGAACUUGUCGGAACGGUACCUUGGCACGCUUCGAGAGCAAGCUCAAGAGGCAGCAGUUAAUGGAGAACACUUGAUAAUUCUCAUCUUCGGCCAUGGGACGACCACAUACGAGGUGGCCACUUGCUACUGCCCGGUCACUCUAUUCAUCACAUCAUGUUAUUCUUAUGGGUGGCUAUUGAACCCUGAUAUUAAUGUACGGUUCAUGAAUGCGACAUCGGUCGCAGCAGCAGAUGAUUUCGGUGAAUCCUCGUCAUGGAGCGCUAGUGGAAGUGUUGGUCGUAUUGGUGGUAUGGCGCGGAGUUCCAGCCAUUUAGCCUUAUAG